UGCCGAAAUUUGGUUUUGUUUUUGGUGGCGGUGUCUCCUAUGAAACCGUAUGCUAUAGCUUAGGGGCAGAAACCCUUCGAUUUGUCGAAAGAACCUAGUUGACAUUCAUUACUCGCUGGAGAACAUCAAGCAAGGAUUUUAUUGGGGCCUGCUCGAGCAAGGCAAAUUGUGCUUAUCAGUGUUCCUUCACCAUGGCAUCAGGAAGGUCAUCCAUCUAUCAGGAUCUAUCUGAGAUUUAUGAUAAUGUUAUCAAUAAGGAACAUCCUCGUAAGCUGAUACCGGAGUUGUGCAAACAGUUUUAUAAUCUCGGAUGGGUGACGGGCACUGGGGGCGGUAUAAGCAUUAAGCUAGACGAUGAGAUCUACAUUGCACCAUCCGGUGUUCAGAAGGAAAGGAUUCAACCCGACGAUCUUUUCAUACAAAACAUCGAAGGAGAUGAUUUGCAAACCCCACCAGAUUAUAAGAAGUUGACCAAAAGCCAAUGUACCCCGUUGUUUAUGCUGGCUUACAAAGAUCGCAAUGCUGGUGCCGUUAUUCACACUCAUAGCCCGUCGGCCGUGAUGGCGACACUACUGUGGCCCGGAAAGGAAUUCCGUAUCACACACCAAGAGAUGAUAAAGGGUAUCUACGAUUAUGAAUUGAAUCGCAAUUUGAUGUAUGAUGAGGAGCUGGUGGUGCCCAUAAUUGAAAACACUUUGUUCGAGAGAGAUCUUGAGAAGUCCAUGGCGAAUGCCCUGAAAGAUUAUCCUGGCACGUCAGCGAUUCUUGUCCGUCGGCACGGUGUGUACGUCUGGGGCCACAAUUGGCAGAAAGCCAAAACAAUGGCUGAAUGCUACGACUACCUAUUCUCAAUCGCGGUGGAGAUGCAUAAGGUCGGGCUUGAUCCGAAUGCAGUUCCGAAAGAAUACUGAAAGUAUGCACACGAUGCUGUGUAUGACACACAUUCUUAAAACAUAUACCACUGUAGAAUUUAGUGCAGUUAGUUGUUAUCAUGGACUGGUCAUGAAUUUGAAAGGCACAUCUGGUCGCUAUAUUGUUUCAAUCAAAUGCACAAUCACAGGGAGUAAUGUUACUAGCAUUUAAUAGAUUGUUGAUCAUCGAGUGCAUUAUAAAUCCAAUCAAUAUUAUAGAACAACUGUUUUGUACGAAAUAUUAGUAGGAUUCCAAACCAAUACCGGGUUGCCUGCAACAUGCCCGACACGACCAAGUUUUAAUUCAUAAGCACGAAACAACGGAGCGGUGAUUUUAUAUAAACCAUCUAAUAAAGAAACAACCCCGAUCUGAUUGAUUAAU